UGCCCCUCAGUUCACACUGUAUGCCAACCUAUCGAAAAUGAGGAAUGUGGAGAGAAUCCUUGCGGACGUAGACAAAAUGAGAAAGCCCAAGACUUUCAGAAACUUGAAAAGACUCAAGCUGGAGAGAAAUCUUAUGAAUGUAAGCAAGUUGUGAAUGGCUUUACUCACUCCACUUCUCUCCAAAAACAUGAACGAAUUCACAGUGGAAAGAAAUGUUGUGUAUGUAAACAAUGUGGGAAAACCUUUGCGAGUUCUAGUUCCCUUCGAACACAUGAAAGAAUUCCCACUGGAGAAAAACCCUACCUGUGUAACCAUUGUGGGAAAGCCUUUGGUCAUUUUAGUUCCCUUCAAAGACAUGAAAGAAUUCAUACUGGAGAGAAACCUUAUGUGUGUGAACAUUGUGGGAAAGCCUUCACUGAUCACAGUUCCCUUAGAUAUCAUGAAUGGUUUCACCAUGGAGAGAAGCCCUAUGUAUGUAACCAGUGUGGGAAAGCUUUUAUUCUGGUACAUUUCGAUAACAUGAAAGGAUUCACACUGGAGAGAAGCCUUAUAUGUGUAUGCAGUGUCAGAAAGUUUUCUUACAAUUUCUUACAAUGCCCUUCAAAGCCACAAAAAACUUCAUACUGGAGAGAAACCAUGUAUACAUAAGCAUUGUGGGAAAGCCUUCACUCAUUCUCGUUCCCUCCGAUACCAUGAAAUAGUUCACAGUGGUAAAAAACCCUAUGUGUGUAAGCAGUGUGGGAAAGCCUAUACUCAUUGCAGUGCCCUUUGAUACCAUGCAAUGGUUCAUGGUGGAGAGAAACCAUAUGUAUGUAAGCAAUGUGGGAAAGCCUUUAGUUCUUCCUCAUAUAUUCAGUUACAUAAACAGACAGACUGGAGAGACACCAUAUGUACAAAAGCACUGGGGAAAUGUCUUCUUACCUGUGACUCAAUUUCAAAAGCAUGAAGAGUCUUCUAGUGGAGAGAAACCAUAUGGGUGUAAACAGUGUGGGAAAGCCUUCCUUUGGGAAAGUAAUUUUCAAAGACAAAAAAAGUUCAUAGUGGAGAGAAACCUUAUAAAUGUAAGCAAUGUGGGAAAGCUUUUCUUUGGGAAAGUAGUUUUCAACAACAUAAAGCAGUUCACAGUGGAGAGAAACCAUAUGAGUGUAAUCAAUGUGGGAAAGCUUUCCAUUGGGAAAGGAGUUUUGGAAGACAUAAAAAGUUGCACAGUGGAGAGAAACCAUGUGAGUUAAGCAAUGUGGGUAAGCUUUCUGUUGUAUUAAACCAUAAAGGCAGAGGGAAGAAUCAGGGAUUUGGCUCAGUGGUUCCACCACCUCCCUCACAAACACAAGGGCCCGAGUUCAAUCCUGCUACCAAAAAAAAUGGCAGAAGGGAUAUUAAGCCUAUUUGUGUAAGCAAUAUGGAAAACCACUAAAUUGUCCAGUUCUCACACUUCAUUUCUCAGAUAUGGAAGAAUUAACAGAGUAAUACUAAAUAUAGACUAUGGGGAGUCUUCAUUGUCAGAAGACCUUUCUAGUACUCAUGGGACUGUACAAGAAAAGAUUUAUAUUAGUGUAAAACAUGGAAAUUCUGGUUAUCUUGCUUGAGUCCCAGAUGUAACAGAGUAUGGAGAAAAACCUUGACUAGAAGAAAUGUGCAAAGGUCUUCAUUUGAUACAUGUGUGAAUGCACAAUGGAUGAAAGUCCUUUGAAGAUUGAGGGUCUAACUCUAGUGCAGGGUUCCCUUGAACUAAGUAGCUCAGUCUGGACUCACAUGUGCAGUGGCCCUCCUGCCUCCUGUGAUUACAUGUGUGCACCACCACACCAGGCUUAUGUCUCAUUCUUAAAUAUCUGGUCUAUGUCUAUCUUAUUAGUAUUUUUCUAAAUAGGCCUUAAUCUGAACACUUGUGCCAGGCGUGGUGGUGCACAUUUCUAAUCCCAGCACUCAGGAUGCUGAGGCAGGAGGAUCA